UGUGUGUGUGUGUGUGUGUGUGUGUGUGCGAAGGAAACCGGUGAGAACGCGCGCUUUGCCGGAGACAGAGUGUGCGUCCGCUGUGGGAUUUGCUGUGACAGGACAUGAUGAACACCGUGGACGCGCAGAUCCACCACAGUUCUGCCCCCGCCGCGAGUCCUCUCCAGCCCAAAAGCGCGCACGACGCCGCAGACAUGGCCGUGUACUGCGACAACUUCGUUUACCACCAGCAGAGUGUAGCGAGCGCGCAAAGGCCAGCCGGCUACGGCCUCGGAGAGUACGCGGCUACCCCAAACCCUUACCUGUGGCUUAACGGUCCCGCAGUGAACUCCUCACCAUCAUACCUACACGGAAACAGCAGCUCGUCGUUUAUCUCACCGUCCUACGGCUCCCAAAGGCAGUAUCUCGCCAACUCACCCGGCUUUGCUGGUCCUGACCUCGGCUGGCUCUCCAUCGCAAGUCAAGAGGAGCUGCUGAAGCUGGUGCGCCCUCCCUACUCCUACUCUGCUCUCAUCGCCAUGGCCAUCCAAAACGCGCACGAGAAAAAGCUCACGUUGAGUCAAAUCUACCAGUACGUGGCCGACAACUUCCCGUUUUAUAAGAAGAGCAAAGCGGGAUGGCAGAACUCCAUCAGACACAACCUCUCUCUGAACGACUGCUUCAAGAAAGUCCCACGCGAUGAGGAUGAUCCAGGAAAAGGAAACUAUUGGACUUUAGACCCAAACUGCGAAAAAAUGUUUGACAACGGAAACUUCCGCAGAAAAAGGAAGCGCAGGUCAGAAGCGGGCACCGGGCUUUCCGGCGGUACUAAGGCCGAGGAUGGCCGUCCUAUUGCAGGUGUUAAAUCACCUGAUGGCGCCAACAUGGGCGGGGACGUGUCUCCGGAAAUAGACUCAGCAACCAAUGAGAGCCACAGAAGCGCGUCUCCAGCGGCUCCUGCGUCAGCGCCUUGCUUCAACACUUUCUUCAGCACCAUGUCCGGAAUGAGCUCGGCCCCGGGGCCGGCCAUUAGACAGGGCUCUCUGGGGUUAAUCAACGAGCUGUCCAGUCGGAACAUAAGCGCUUUAAGUCCGUAUCACGCCGCCUCUGCGACCGACGCCGCGCCACCCGGGGAGCAAAAUGACCCCAAUAUGCACGCGAGUAGGCCCACGUACUCGAGCGCGUUCGGUGGCGCCCAAAGUGCGCAGUACAACGGCCACUUCUACAACAGCUUCAGCGUGAACAAUCUCAUAUACCCGAGAGAUAGCACGGAGUUAUAAUUACUCAACGUCUUCAUUGUGGCAGCUCUGAGUCUGGCGUUUUUACAGACAUUUUCUCAUAGUCCUGAAAUGAAAACAGCAAGUUUUUAAUACAUAUAUUCGGUACUAAAUAAUUGCAGUGAUCUGUAUAAACACGU